UCUAAUCAUCAAUCAUCUGACUUCUGAUUAUCACGGCCAGUGCUAUUUAUUUACAGUUUUAUUUUAUCUGAUUGAGAAUUUUGUGAAAACAAACAGAUAAAAUGAAAUUAGAUUCCAAUAAUAAGAUGAUAAGUGGUGAUGGUGGUACCGAGACCCCAGAAGAAGUAGUGGACCCACGACAAAAUGCCGAAGAUUUAAUUGACGAGAUAUUGGCCGAAUUUACCGAGUCUCGUUCACCUGAUGGAAGAUAUGGCAGUAGUAUUCCAGAGAAUUUGCUGAAUAUGAUGCAAUCCCCACGAACUUUAGGCAAUGCGUUUAACAUAAUUCAGCCUCCUCAAACGCGAACACCUGCGAAUUCCUUUUCCGAAAGUACAUCUAUUGAAGAUAUUGACCCUUCUUCGGACCUUGGUACAUCGAUACGAAAUAAGUGUAUGGAACUUGAAGAGAUCUUACAGAGUUUGAAAUCGCGGCUUAAUCAUGUUAUUCUCGACGAAAAUAUUGUAAUAAGCCCUGAAGCUAAUUCUUUAGAGGCACAGCUUGAACAUGAUCUUGAUACUGAUUGCCAGGAAGAUCUAUCCCUGCAGGAGUUCCUUGAAAUCUUACAUUCCCAAAACAAAGUAACAAACAGUGGUGUUCAAUAACUUUUACUGAUAUAUUAUAAGCCUGAAUGAAUUUACAAUGUGCAAACUUAAAUUAGAAAAUAAUUAUAUUAUGGAAUUCAAUAAAUCCUCACACUUA